AUGUCGAUGCAAGUCGAACCACCCUCACCCGUGCAUCAACAACCGCACCAACACCAAUAUCACCAUCACCACCACCACCACCACCACCAUCACUCGAUGAACCCGCCCAGUAGCUGGGUGGCGUCAGCUGCUGCUCCGUCUUUAUCGUCAUCACCGUCGUCGUCAGCGAACGCAUCCUCGCAUGUCGUUCCUUUCGGCGCCAUUCCAGGAUCCCAACCCGGUGCUCUUUCGUUUGGGUUCGGACUGUCAGCGGCCUCGCACAUGUCGUCGCAUUCGCAGCAGCAGCCCCCAGCUACAGCGACGGGAGGAUGGGGUCAUGCCGCCUCCGCCUCCGCAGCGUGGGGCCAAGCAGCAACGACACAACAUCAGCAACAGCAGGCCGCGCUCCGAUCAAACAACACCGCAGCAACGCCAGCCAGCCCGGCGGUGGCUGUCUCGUCGCGCAGGAGGAGACGGCGCAGCCUGUCAAUGGACGAUGACGAAGCGCAGGACGCCUCCAUGGACCAGCACAUCAGAUCUUCGCCUCGCACAAUUGCAGCUGCCCCACCAUCCUCUACCAGAGGGAUCAAGAAGGCGCGUGUUGCAUCGACGUCGAUUGCUCAGGCCACACCUGGGCCUACUACGGCUGAUCUUGGCAAAGCGCUCGGUAAGUUGUGCGCUUAUCAAUCGUUCUCUUGAGCCCAGUAAUUGACGCUGCCGUUUCUCCCUUACAGCCUCUCUCUCCAAAGAGUCGCUCCUGUCCCUUUUGAACAAGCUCGUUUCGACCUCACCUCAACUUGUGCCGACGAUCGAAGCGUUGCUCCCCCCGCCGACGCUCUCGCAUUCAAUCGAAAUGAUCCACCAUCUCGAACGCGCCGUCGUCGCCGCCUUGCCCGGUGGUCAGAACCUGCGCGACGAAUACGUCUUUGGUCGCGUGCGUGUUCCCUUGGAGCAGUUCGUCGCCGAGUCCAAAUCGUUCCUCGCCGCGUUCUGUUCUCCAACGCCUCGCAUUUCUUCGACAUCGAUUUCCUCGGAUGACGAGAUCGGGCACCCUUCGACGACGUUCGCCUUCUUGUUCGCCUUGACGUCCUCGUUGAGAAGGCUCGAGCUGGCUUUACCUUCCACGCGUUCGCAAGUUCUCUCCACCACCUCGGACCCGAUGAACCCGAUCGCUUCCCAUCUCCUCCCUUUGACGAUCAAUCAAUGGCACGUCUGGUUAACGCGUCUCUCAACAGGGGUCAAUCACGAAGGUCGCAUGCUAGCCGCAACUACACUGAGGACCUGGUUCGCUAAAUUGGAAGAGUUGUGCGUCGAUAGUCCUGGUGUGGGAUUGGUAGGGGGCAGAGGGGAAGGGGUCGCUAAGAGGGCUAUGGAAGGGGUUAGGGAGAGGUUGAGGAAGGAGGUGGGGUGGGUGAUCGGGUGGAGAGAGGGGGCUGGGGCGGGUAUGGAGGCGGACGGGAGAGGUAUCGAGACCGAGGAGGAGGAGGAACUCUAA